CGGAAAGGACGACACAGACGGGACUCUUCCGGCGAGUUGGUGGGAAGGAGGGGCCACAAAGAGGGCCCGCCCCCCGACUUCCGGGCUGGCCUUGGUCCAGAGAGAAGGAGGAGAAGGAGCCGGAAGCCGCGCGUGUGAGGUUCCUGGAAGUGACUGAUGUAUGAAAUGGCAGAGAAUGGAACAGACUGUGACCAGAGGCGCAUAAGAAUGGGCAAAGAACAGCACAAUGGAAACUUUACAGAACCCUCUUCGCUGGGCGAACAGAAGCGGAAAGAUCGAGAAGAACGUCAGGGCAUCGUUCUCUGGAGGAAACCCCUUGUUACCUUGCAGUAUUUUUUCCUGGAAACGUUAAUAAGCUUGAAAGAAUGGACCAUAAAAUUGUGGCAUCGCCGAAGUAUCGUGGUGUCUCUCUUACUGCUGCUUUCAGUGCUUACGUCUGUGUAUUAUAUUGAGGGAGCACAUCAACAGUACGUGUUAUAUAUGGAGAAAAAGUUCUUUUGGUGUGCCUACUGGGUAGGUUUGGGCAUUCUUUCUUCUGUCGGACUUGGAACUGGUCUUCAUACGUUUCUGCUCUACUUGGGUCCACACAUAGCAUCAGUGACUCUUGCUGCGUACGAAUGUAAUUCUGUGGAUUUCCCCGAACCUCCGUAUCCUGACCAAAUUAUCUGCCCCGUUGAAGAGGGGGUCGAGGGAUCCAUUUCCUUGUGGACCAUCAUCUCGAAAGUCAGGCUGGAGGCCUGCAUGUGGGGUGCUGGGACAGCGAUUGGGGAGCUUCCGCCAUACUUCAUGGCCAGAGCCGCUCGUCUCUCUGGAGCGGAGCCUGAUGACGAGGAAUAUCAAGAAUUCGAGGAGAUGCUGGAACACGCCCAGGCAGCACAGGAUUUUGCCUCUCGCGCCAAACUGGCCGUCCAGAACCUGGUUCAGAAAGUCGGUUUUUUUGGCAUCCUGGCCUGCGCUUCAAUUCCAAACCCUCUCUUCGACUUGGCUGGGAUAACAUGCGGACACUUCCUUGUUCCGUUUUGGACGUUCUUCGGUGCCACUUUGAUCGGAAAAGCAAUAAUCAAGAUGCACAUCCAGAAACUUUUUGUGAUUAUUACCUUCAGCAAACACAUAGUGGAACAGAUGGUGUCUUUAAUUGGUGCCAUCCCAACGGUCGGACCCUCCCUCCAGAAGCCCUUCCAAGAAUACCUGGAAGCCCAGCGGAUGAAGCUCCACCAUCGGACGGAAGGCGCGCCCCAGGGUGAAAACUGGCUGUCCUGGACUUUUGAAAAGUUGGUGAUUGUCAUGGUGUGUUAUUUCAUCCUGUCCAUCAUCAACUCCAUGGCUCAGAGUUACGCCAAGCGCCUCCAACAGCAGACGUCUUCGGAGGAGAAAACGAAAUGAGCCCAGGGUCCGGGAGAGCGGGGGAAAAGGCGGAGGCAGGCGGACCCCACGUCGAGUCGGGACGACCAGCUUUGCAUUCAAAACAAAACAUGGCAUUAUUUGGAAAAGUGGGGACGGGAGGGAGGGCGGUGUUUUCUUUCCCUUUGGAUUAUUACGGUUAAUUAUUUUUUUACUCUGCCAUUAGUAAAUGAUUCUCAUUGACUGCCGUUUGUACGUUGAAAGGUAACGUCCAUGCUCUUUGUUUAAACUUUGUGCAGGUUGAACGUAACAGGGGUGUCGAGCUUCUGUUUCCACAUAGGUGCUUUCCAUUUAAGUUCCUUUGAAAUCACGGGUUAAUAUAUAUAAAUAAUCUGGUUAGUAAACUUACAAGGCCAGUUGCCACUGGUUUAAUGUUCAGUUGUGGCGGGUUCUCUCUGUCUUAACAGUCUUAGACUGGCCAGGAGAGAAACACGUGGCUCCGAGUCCCAUGUUGACAUCGGAAUACUUGAAAAUCCCCAAGGUGGGAAAGGUACAUGGAUAUAGAAAUUUUUUGAUUGGAAGCAGAGAGACAAGGUGGUGUCUUCACUGCAUUGCGAGCUACUUUUUCUUUGAAAUCUGUACAUUUAGAAUGACGGUAAGAUGAUAAAUACAUAUACCGUGUUUCCCCAAAAAUAAGACAGUGUCAUAUUAAUUUUUUCUCCCUCCUCCUCCUAGGUCUUUUUCAUUUCUGCAUCAGAAAUAUCCAAGGUGUUGAUAUUUGUGAUGCCGAAAUGAAAAAAUUAUUGAACACACCUUUGACAGGGGUUAUGGGCCCAGCUUCCGCUGAGCAACUAGAGCAUCUUUGGGAGCAAAAAUUAAUAUAACAAACUGUCUUAUUUUCAGGGAAACAGGGUGUAUAUACAUAUAUAUAUAUUCACCUUGGAUCAUUCCACAUCUUCUCGUCCUGGUCUUUCCAAGCUGUUCCCACUCCCCUGCUUUCCAUCUCCACCCUAUUUUUUCUCCCUUAUUGCCACGUUUAUUCCCCUCUGUUAUGAUUGCUUUCCUGUGAUCCUUCGGGAGGCUUUUGUUCUCGGGACGAUUUGUGCCACCGAAGGAAACAGAAAGUCUUCCCGGACCUGGAAACAGUUUGGGUUAAUUUUAUUUAUUUUACUGACGAGUCACUCUAAUCUGUGGGACGCAGGCGUUUUUCUGCGGGCAGGUGGGCGGGCGGGAGGGAGGGGUUCGUGUUUUUUAACCAUUGACUCUUCCGAUGUCGGAUAGCAUCGUUGGGAAAUGCACAAGACGUUUUGUAAGCUGCAGGAAAGGUAACUAACUGGAAUAAACAGCAUUCAAAUAGAUCGUUAAGAUGAUGCCUUUUUUGAAACGUUAUCUCUCGGGUUCUGCUUUCACUCCUAGAGCAAAGUCAGCGUUCACGGGUAGAGCACACACUUUGCAUGACAACAGCCAAUAACGUUCAUUGCCAGGUAAGGACACCUAACCUGUCCAAAACCUUGGAGAGGUUUUGAAGCAGUGUAAAUAUUACUCACCGUAUAUACUCAAAGAUAAGUCGAGUUUUUCAGCCCUUUUUUGAGCUGAAAGAGCCUCUCUCGGCAUGAAAGCCAUUGCUUGCAAUAUAGGAUAUAUUUCUCUCUCCUCUUCUCUUCCCUUAACAGUGUGUUUUCUUUUUCAAAGCCUCCCUCGCUCUCACCCAAGGGAAUGUUUUGAAAAGAGGAAAGAGAGGGAGAGAAGCCUUUGCAAGUCAGGAAGAAGAAAACAUAAAAGCCUAAUGGCAGCAGAGCCUAUCUUUCUGACUGGCAGCCAGGGGAAGAACGGCUCUUCCUUAUCCUCUGUAACUUGGACUAUUUUUCUAGGAUUUUUUGAUUGAAAGACAUAUUUUGGAUGUGUUGUCGAAGGCUUUCAUGGCUGGGAUCACAGGGCUGUAUGGCCAUAUUCUAGAAGUAUUUUCUCCUGACAUUUCGCCCACAUCUAUGGCAGGCAUCCUCAGAGGUUGUGAGGCAUUGCCUAGUUUCUCCGUGCCUCACAACCUCUAAGGAUGCCUGCCAUAGAUGUGGGCAAAACGUCAGGAGAGAACAUGGCCAUACAGCCAUACAUACAACAACCCCAUAUUUGGAUGACUAUGUCUUUUGUGGCCAAAUUCGGUGUGAUUUGGUUCAGUGGUUUUGUUGUUUACUCCAUAGUAAAACGAACAAAAACGAAUUUUUAUAUAUAUAGAUAACACGUCCUCACCGUCAUAACGCACGGCUGUCUCGCUGCCUGUUCCUUGUUUUAUUGCUUUUCAGACAUCCCCAGUCUUCUUAAAUCCCUUCUGGCUCGUUUCAUUGCUCUCCAUAUUGGAGAAUAUAAUAAUAAUAAUAAUAAUAAUAAUAAUAAUAAUAAUAAUAAUAAUAAUAAUAAUAAUCACACAGUCCUAGACAUUUGGGAAGUGUUCGACUUGUGGUUUUGUGAUACGAAAUCCAGCAUAUCUAUCUUGUUUGCUGUGUCAUACAACGUCGAUGUGUCAAUAAUAAUAAUAAUAAUAAUAAUAAUAAUAAUAAUAAUAAUUUAUUUGUGGUUUCCAACAUAGGUAAAACAUUCAGUUACUAGCAUAAAAUAUACAACAUAGCCAUACUAAAAACAUCAACAUAAGUCCGCAGUCGGUUUCCCACUGACUUCCCCAACCUCAAUGAAUAACUCACAAAACUAUCUUCUUCUGUAUUUGUUUAUUUAGAGUAUUUACACCCCGCCGUUCUCACCCUGAAGGGGACCCAUAGAACACACAUACGGCAAACAUUCAAUGCCGAUUACACAAUUAACAAGGACAGACAAGACAGACAGAGGUACUGUCUGCUAAAAUCAGUGCCUAUUUAUCUACUCACAUUUCUGCUUUCGACCCGAGAGGUGGAGAGGUGAGCUGGGGCUAACGGUGGGUGCUCAACCCCGACCCGGGCUCAAACCACUGACUUUUUGAUCGGCAGGAUUUUUCUGCAGCACAACAGUUUAGCUUGCCAUGCUAAGCCCAACCCCUUGUAGCGAGGUACUGUCACUCCAUCUUCCAUGCUGAGGAGCUUUGCUCCGAUCAAUGUCCUUUAUUACCUCCCCGCUAAAAGCAGUACCUAUUUAUCUACUCGCAAUUUCUGCUUUCGACUUACUAGGUGGGCAAGUGAGCUGGGGCUAGCGGUGAGUGCUCUACUCCAACCCAGAGAUACCGGAUGGUUUUCAUGCAGAUUUGCAUUCAACGUUUUUGUCAUACUGUGUGUGUGUUGCGUGGAUUGUGUUCUCACUGCUUGUGUUUCCUGCCUACCUACCUACCGUUGUGACACCUCCAUGGCUUGUACCUUUCUGUCGGAUAGCUUAUCAGACUGAUGUUGACUGUUGGAUGUCAUGGCAACAACAGUCGGUAGGCUGUCUGACAUUUUGGUGUCUUUCAUCUUGGCUGUUGUUGUCUAUCCACCGGUCCAAACGCCGGCCACUGUUUCUCUUUCGUGGUCUCUGUGAAAUCGCACAUAGGGUCGCAAUUGUGCGGUUUCACCGAUGACCACUUGGAGAAACACAGUUACAGGUAAGCAACCUUUUUGAGGAUGGGUUUUGUGUUGUAUCUUUUGUGCAACCUUUUUUUUGGUUUUUUUUUUGUACCCCCAUGCAUAUGAGAUAUAUUGAGCAUGGUGAUCAGAUCAUGAUAUGAAUAAACAUAACAGUUUAAAUCAUAAA